GUAAACAAAGGUUAAACAAUUCGAUGUAACAUGUGGGACGGAGGCGGAGCAGCUCUUAAUUCUGUUAUGGCAUGCGGGCUUUAAAAACCUUGCUGCUAAUGCAGUGCAUCUUAGAACUCCCGGUUGCCUGCCCUUGCAAUUUUGAAAUCAGCUCCACUAGAGAAUAAGAGAAAUGGUAGUUGAGUUCAGAGUGAAGGAUUACGUGGCCGAGGACGCUGCCCACUCCCUUCGUCGUACUCCCACAACUCAUCAUCCUCUCUCCAACCCCACUUCUUCUUUCCAUCAAAACCACCAGCAACAGAAUCAUUGUUCAGAUAGGGAGAAGGUUUCUUUCAGUGAUCCAUUGACACAACACAAUGUGGAACCUGUGAUUUUCAUGGGUGAAGAUGUCAAAUUUGUAUCUAAAACUGCUGUAGGAGGGGACCUGAAGGAAUUACAUGAGGUAUCUAGAAAGGAAUGGGUCAACUUUAACAGGACCUUAAUGCAAAAGUUCCCCGUUGCGAAGACAAUCAGAAUUGCAUCAACAUCUGAUGUUAUUUUCAGAAAUGCCAAAGCAUCUGGAAGGUCUCUAACAACCUUGCGCCUGGAAGAACUAGAUGAUCCCCAAAAGAUAGCUGUACAGGAAGUGAAAGUCAUCACCCAACAGGAUUAUGUGUUGAGGUUGCGUGAAUUAAAUGAUGAAAUAGCUAAAGCAUGGAAAUUUGAAGAUCGUGUAACAGCUCUGAAACUGUCUAUCAAGGUCACUAGGCUUCUAUCUGAUACAUCCGUAAAAGAGUUUUAUCCUACACUAUUCGUUCUUGUUACGAAUAUUUUAGACACAUUAGGUAGCUUGGUAUGGGAGCGUAUCAAAAGAAAGGCAGAAUAUGAUGAUAAUGGAACCUUGGUCUGCUGUUUGCCUGAGAACUUCACAACUAAAGAUGUUCGUUCAGAGGCAAAGGAAACCUGCAAUAACUGGUUUUGCAAGAUUGGUUCGAUACGUGAGCUACUUCCUCGCAUAUAUCUUGAGCUUGCGAUUUUGCGUUGCUGGCAUUUUCUUCAAGACAGUUCUUUGGAUGCUCUAGAACGCUUGACUAUGAUGAUCAGGGGUUUGGCAGAUCCAUUGGCAUCUGCAUAUUGCCGUUUGUAUAUGACCCACUGUGCUCAGGAACUCCUUGCGUCUGACUCUGGAUUUCUCAUUACUUCUGUUAACGAUAUAACGACCACCUUGUCAAAGAUUGUUUAUGGAACUGUAACUACAAAUGCAAAGUCCUUGGAGGAUCGGAAGUUGCUUCUCUCAUUGCUAGAACCAUCUGUUGAGUGGAUUACUAAAUGCCUAUUUAAGUACAGGUCACAGUUGAAAUGUGGUGAUAUCCUGGUGGAUAUUGCUUCUGUGAGGAAUAACACUAAGCUGGCUGUGAAGUGCUUUGAGGUUUCGGUCAUCCUUCAUAAUCUCCUAAGGGAACUUUCUACUGAAAUUGUUGGUGCCAAUGCUCUAGGGAUCAUAGACAUGAUUGAGAAAGCCAAGGAUAUUUCCCUGGAUCAGUAUUUGAAUUACAGGUUGCUUGGAUAUAAGCUCUGUGAAAGCAGCCCACCUUUGGAUACGCGUGAUGCCAUAUUGAACAAGGUUUUUCAUGUUAUUGAUCAAUUUAGUUGCCAAAUGGAGUAUUUGAUGGUGCUGGAUGUUUACUUGGAUUUUAUCCUUCAGCAUAAUAUGGAUGAACAACUAAACUUAUUUUUAGAUAACAUCUGGAGAUACACUCGCGGUCAAGAAAUCACAGAGCAUGAGUUACAUAUUCUUGAAUCCAUCUUGCUCAGGCUUAUUGCUCACUUUGCUGACUUGACAGAUGUAUUAGCAUUGGACCAUUUUUUUGACAUUUUUGAUGUACUAUACGGAACCACACGCAGAAUCGUUAGUGGACACAUACUUGCGAAGGCAAACUGGAGGAAACGUAUCAAUGAUUCUUCUGUCAUAGAGUUCUUAUUUGAGGUUUCCCAGGCUCUUCAUGACUCUGGGGAUGUAUUGGCAAGCAGACAUGAGCACCGACAAGCUGAGCGUCAUGUAUCUCGUUUUGUGCAAUUGGUUGACUUUGGCGCUGAUCUGGAGCAUCAUUUGAACUUUCUGAUAGAAUGCCGCUCAACAUUCCAUAGGAUGGAUGAAUUAAAGGAGUAUAUCAUACAUUCUAGCAAUUAUUUAGCUAUAAAAGCAUCAAGUGGUAGAGAUGAACUCAUGGAUUUUUGUAAAGCUUGCAUUGCUUUUAAUGAAGUAACUAUACCAUCUCUUAGUAGCAACCUAAAGCGUGUUGCACUCUUGGUUGAAACUGCUGAGGUUGCUUUGCAGUGCGGCCUAAUUUCUCACUCCGACAGUCUCAUAAAUGCAGCUAUUGACAGUCUUCAUCAUGUCACUCAAAAUGAUGAUAUCAUAUUUAUGUACAGUAUCUCAAACAUAUUCCAUCAAGAUAUACUUGCGUUCCCUUUCUCUUGUUCCUCGCUUCCAUUUGAUGAAGAUCAGAUUCUGUCAUACUUACAAAAGCUCUGCAGUUUACUUGUAAUGGUUCCAGGAAGUCCGGAGCUAGGGAUUGGUUUCAUGUUAAAGAAAAUGCUAGCUCUUGUUAAUUCUCUAGCAGGAAUGACCUCAUUGUUUAAAGCAAAAGCUUUUAUUGCCAUUUUGUUAUUGACAUCAACAUUAUCACAAAAGAAGCUGCCGUACCAUAUUCAAAAUAAAGAGGUUGUGGGGAAUGACUUGCUAUUUCUUGGAGAUCUCUCCUACUAUGAGGACGUUGCAUCUAUUUCUUGGACGGCUCUUCAGAAUAUUCUUGAUUGUCUGCUUCAAGUGCCAAAUUCUGUUACACAAGGAAACGGCGCACUUGAAGCAUGUGACUCUAUCACGAUGUCUUUAAAGCUAACAGAUGAAGUAUCCAAGGUUUGCUAUGAACUCAUUGGAAUUGCCCAGUCUAGUUUGCCUCAGAUUAACCAGUAUCUUAAGUAUUUACUGGACGUCUUGAAUAGGCAGUCAUUGAAAAGUGCAGCUUCUUGAUUAGGCUAUGUUUUUAUUGUACAUGUUAUUCUUACCAGAAGAUUCCUGUCCUGUCCUGUCCUGCAAGAUCUUCCUUUGUUUUCUGUGUGCAUAUUUAACGCAUUGUCUUUUCCCCCUUGUUUUACCAAUUACAGAGCAAAAAUUAUUUACCCAUUCGACCUGACGUGUUCUAGAACACCAGGAUCAUUUGUACCA